CACAUGCUCAUAGGUAUUCUCUGUUGUGACAAGAUAACAGUGCUCCCCGCUUGUCCCCGUCGCCUGGUUGUCAAAGAAUUUUGUCGCAGGAGUGUCACUUUGGGAGUCGCCGUGGACGUGUUCAUGAAAGUUUGUCGAUACAUUGAAUCUACGACGGGUCAGGAACCCACAAGUUAACUAAACAGCAAUGCAUUACGACGAUCUUUUAGUGAUACUUGGAGAGUUUGGGACCUACCAGAAACGCCAGUACCUCCUAAUAUGUGCCGUGGCGAUGGCGGUUGCUACAGUGGUGCUGAGUAUUGUAUUUUAUAGCGCCGUACCGGAACAUCACUGCAAGGUACCGGACGCUUACGUUGACUACCUGAACCUGAACUAUGGCAAUGUGACACAGGACGAAUUGUUAAACCUCACAAUACCGUGGAUACAAGACGAUGAUGGGACACUUCACCGAAGUAGUUGCAAAAUAUAUGACUACCAGAGCUGGACUGAAAAUCUAGACUUUUUUGGAAGUGGUGCUUACUCUGUAAAUAAUGGUACUAGGGAUGAUAGAAAUAUAACGGUAGGAUUGGUGAAGGGAAAUAUGAGUGAAGUAGCCUGUCCCGAAGGACGAGUUUACAGCCAAGAGGAAUUCACGGCAACCAUUGUGUCGGAUUUUGACUUGACGUGUGAGAGCAAAGUUAUUCUAAGCACAUGUAAAUCGAUAUUUUUCGUGGGAAAACUUGCCGGUGCCAUUCUCUCUGGAAUCCUAUCUGACAGGUUUGGCCGGAGACCCAUUUUCUUGAUAGCGGUGUGUGUACUAGCCUUACUCGGAACUUUACUUAUGUUGUCUCCAAAUACCAUCAUCUACACAUUGAUAUAUACUUGUAUAUGGAUGAUCGAAAUACCCGUAUUUUUGACGCCCUACACAAUAGGAAUGGAAUUUGUAGGCAAAAGUAAAAGAAGACUGGCAGGGUUCGGCAACAUGGCAGCGUAUAGUAUAGGAUAUUGCGUACUCUCCCUGUACGCAUAUUUUGUGCGGGAUUGGAAAUACCUGGCGCUGACGAUACAUUUACCUUUGUUCCUGUUCUGUCUUUAUUAUUUUGCUUUCCCGGAAUCGGUUCGCUGGCUGUUAUCGCACGGUAGAAACCAAGAAGCAGAGGUUAUCAUCAACAAAGUGGCCAAAGUGAACAAAGUAGAACUUGAGCAAGGAAUCUUGGAGAAAUUAUUUGAGGAAAAGUCGGAAAUGCAGACCACACUUCACACGCCAAUAGACAUGUUUCGGACGUGGGAUAGGGCAAAGAUCACGUUGAACAUCUGCUUUAACUGGAUGGUCAAUUCAAAUGUGUACUACGGCAUUGCCUUAAACACCCAAGGCCUAGGCGGGAAUAUCUAUCUUAACUUUGCCCUACUAGGACUCGCUGAACUUCCUGCUUUUGUUUUAGCUUUGUUGCUAUUGGACAGAAUAGGGCGCCGCAAGGUGGCACUGCUGUUCUAUAGCGUUGCUGGGAUCGGGUGCAUUUUGUCAGGAGUGCUCCCUUCAGAUCUUGAAUGGCUCAGUAUCACCUUUGCAAUAAUCGGUAAGAUCGGUGUGGGAGGCAGUUUUGCUGUCAUCUAUCUAAUUACUGCUGAGAUCUACCCCACCGUCAUGAGGUAA